AUUAAGCAGCACCAUUGGUCACUUUCGAUUUUGUGUUAAGUUCUUUCAACACUGCUUUUGUCGAGUUUAUACUGUAUAAAAACUUUUUCGCUGUGUCGAUCAAAAAUAGCAGUAUCGGUAUGAUUUCAGAAUUAAAAAUUGAGUUGAAUACGCUAAUAAACCUGGAAUACGAUACGGCAAAGCUACAAGCCAUAAUUAAGCAGACUACACUGAAACAGCACACGGAUUUUGAAGAUCACUAUGAUUAUCUCACCAAGCUGCAAAUGGAAAAUAGGAAACUUAAGCAUCGGUUCGCCGUUAUCAAGAAAUCAAUAACAGAAGAACAAGAAACUAAUGGUAAAAUGCACAACGAUGAUAAUCUCUCUAUUACGGAACAUUUGGAAAAAGUAUUUACAUCUGCAAUUGCCAAUGCAUAUCCUUGCUUCUGUAACGUUCGAGCUAUUAUUGCCGCUGUAAAUGUGUCGUCACCAUUCGGAGACUACCAGUGCAAUAACGCUAUGGGACUAUCCAAGAAAAUGAAGAUAGAGGGGAUUAUUAAAGCUGCGCGAGAUAUUGCUGUGGAUAUUCAAAAGUGCAUUCCAGAAUCUCCAAUAAUAGAGAAGCUAGAAGUUUCAAGUGCUGGUUUCAUCAACAUUUUUCUCAGCAAGAAGUUUGCUGUGCGCUCUUUAACUAAUAUGUUGCGGGAUGGCGUUAGACCGCCAAGAGUGUUAAAACAACGCGUAUUAGUUGAUUUCUCCUCUCCAAACAUAGCAAAGCAGAUGCAUGUUGGCCAUUUACGAUCCACUAUAAUUGGCGAGUCAAUCUGUAGGCUUCUUGAAUUUCUACAACAUGAUGUUAUUCGCAUUAAUCAUCUUGGAGAUUGGGGGACGCAGUUUGGUAUGCUAAUAGCGCAUCUAGAAGAUUGCUUUCCAAAUUUUAUAAACGAGAGCCCACCAAUUGGAGAUCUUCAGGAAUUUUACAAAGAAUCUAAGAAACGCUUUGAUUCUGAUGACAAUUUCAAAAAGCGAGCCUACAACCGAGUUGUUACUCUACAAAAGGGAAAAACAGAAUCAAUAAAAGCUUGGCAACAUAUAUGCGAUGUUUCACGAAAAGAAUUUCAGCAAAUUUAUGAUCGCUUAGACGUGACAAUUCAUGAACGUGGCGAAUCAUUUUAUCAGUCACGCAUGUUGAAAGUAGUUGAAUUUCUGCGAGUUAAGGGUUUGCUCGAAUUCGAUGAUGGUCGCGAAAUAAUGUGGCCCGAUGAUAGUAAGAGUGGAAUUCCAUUGACAAUUAUAAAAUCCGAUGGUGGUUUUACAUACGAUACCUCUGAUAUGGCAGCAAUUAGACAUCGAGUUGAAGAAGACCUUGCCACUUGGAUAAUUUAUGUUGUGGAUUCUGGACAAAGCACCCACUUUAAUGCAAUCUUCAAGGCUGCGAAGCGAUGUGGCAUUUUGAAUUCGAACGUUCAUCGGGUUGAUCACGUACAAUUUGGACUGGUUCUAGGCGAGGAUGGCAAGAAAUUUAAGACACGAUCGGGUGAUACUGUAAAACUAGCUGACUUACUGGACGAGGGUAUGAAAUAUUCUUUGAAGCAGUUACAAGAGAGGGGUCGUGAUCAAAUAUUAACGCCUGAAGAACUGGUUGAGGCUCAAGAAGCAGUGGCAUAUGGUUGUAUAAAGUAUACGGAUUUGUCCCAUAACCGUAUCAGCGAUUAUAUAUUUUCUUUUGAUAAAAUGCUUGAUGAUCGUGGAAAUACUGCGGUAUAUUUACUGUACACGUACACUCGCAUUUGCUCUAUUGCUCGCAACUCCGGUGAUGAUUUUAGCAACUUGGGAGCAAUUUUAGAUACAUAUAACAUAAAACUGGAUCAUAAGAAAGAGUGGAAGCUUGCUAAAACACUGCUCAAAUUACAUGACGUAUUAAUACAGUGCGCAAGGGGCUUAUUUCUACACUACCUUUGCGAGUUUUGUUAUGAAGUUUGCGUAGUAUUUACCGAAUUCUAUGACGAUUGUUAUUGCAUUGAAAAAAAUAAGUCUGGCCAAAUUAUUAGUGUGAACCAUAGUAGAAUAUUAUUGUGUGAGGCAACCGCAGUCGUGUUACGGAAAUGUUUCCAUAUAUUAGGUUUAAAACCUGUAAGCAAAAUGUAAUACUAAAACAUAGCAAUUAAAUAAUACUGUCUGACAAAUAUAAAAA